AUUCACAGUGGAGAGCAAAGAGGAGGCCACCAGGCUCAGGUGUGAUAAAGAUGUGGACGUGUAGGAAGAGAGUGAGAGACACCUGAUAGAGACACAGGAGACACAGGGAAGGAGUACCAGUCACCCACAGGAUCUGAUACGGACUUAAACAUUGAUUCAAUACUCUGAAUAAGUUUGUAUUAUCAGUUGUGUUUUAGUUUUCCAAAAACAUGGCAGCUACCUGGAGAUUUGCACUUUUCUUCUGCAUGUGCCUGAUAGUGUCAAGAUGCCUGAGCGAGGCCAAUUCAGACACGGGACAUGACAGUUCAGACACUGGACAUGCAGCUACGCCGAGCAGUGACCACGGGGACACCUCAAGCUCAGACUCUGGACACGAGGAAGGUGGUCAUCAUUCAGAGCCCAUCACCACUCUUCCUAUUGUGAGCUGGAAGUGGUCCCAUGUGUCUGAACCGUACAUAGUGGCCCUCUGGAUCCUGGUCUCCUGGAUCUGCAAACUCAUCAUCGAGUCCAACCACCAUGUCACCAGCGUGAUCCCGGAGAGCGCCCUGCUCAUCUGCUUCGGCUUCAUUCUGGGUGGGAUCAUUUGGGGCGCAGACAAAGUGCAGACCUUCACGCUGCACCCGAUAGUGUUCUUCUUCUACCUGUUGCCUCAAAUCAUCCUGGACGCGGGAUACUCCAUGCCCAACAAGCUCUUCUUCAGCAACAUGGGGGCCAUCCUGGUCUACGCGGUCAUCGGGACCUGCUGGAACGCCGCCAGCUUGGGGCUGUCGCUGUGGGGGUGUCACAUGGGAGGGGCCAUGGGUGACCUGGACAUCGGGCUGCUGCAGUAUCUUCUCUUUGGCAGUCUGAUUGCGGCCGUUGAUCCCGUAGCAGUCAUCGCCGUGUUUGAGCAGGUUCACGUCAACGAGGUUCUGUUCAUUCUGGUGUUUGGGGAGUCGCUGCUCAACGACGGUGUGACAGUGGUGCUGUUUAAUGUAUUUGAUGCUUUUGUGUCGCUUGGAGGAUCCCAAAUUGAUGCUGUAGAGAUCAUUAAAGGAAUAAUUUCCUUCUUUGUGGUGGCGUUUGGCGGGUCUCUUGUGGGCUUGGUGUUUGGCCUGCUGAUCUCUCUCGUGACCAGAUGCACCAAAAACAUUCAAAUCAUCGAGGCGGGCUUCGUUUUUGUCUUGGGUUAUCUCUCCUACCUGACAGCUGAGAUGCUCUCCCUGUCCGCCAUCCUGGCGAUUGUCUUCUGUGGUAUGUGCUGCCAAAAGUACAUCAAUGCAAACAUGGACGAGCGGUCUGUCACCACAGUCAGAUUUGUCAUGAAGCUCUUAGCCAACGGAUCAGAAACGAUCAUCUUUGUGUUCCUCGGGAUCUCCGCCAUCGACAAAGGGAUCUGGGUGUGGAACACAGGCUUCAUCCUCCUCACGCUGUUCUUCAUUUUUGUGUACAGAUUCAUCGGUGUCUUCUUCCUCACCUGGAUCCUUAACAAGUUCAGGCUGGUCCCCAUUGAGUUCAUUGAUCAGGUGAUUAUGGGCUACGGUGGCCUGCGAGGGGCUGUUGCGUAUGGCCUGGCCACCUUGCUGGAUGAGAAAAAGAUAAAGGAGAAGAAUCUGAUGGUCUGCACUACUCUCAUUGUUGUGUACUUCACCGUCAUUAUUCAGGGAAUAACAAUGAAACCUUUGGUCAACUGGCUUAAAGUGAAGAAAGCUGCAGUGGCUGAGGUCGCGCUCGUCGAAAAAGUGCAGGACAAGGUAUUUGAUCACCUGCUUGUUGCCAUAGAAGACAUAUCUGGACAAAUAGGACACAACUACAUGAGGGACAAGUGGAAUAAUUUUGAGAAGAACUGGAUGUCCAGAGUUCUGAUGAAGCCGUCAGUGAGGAAGAACCGCGACUACGUCUUCAAAGUCUUCCACCAGCUGAACCUCAAAGAUGCUAUGAGCUACGUGGCUGAGGGUGAACGUAGAGGCUCUUUGGAGUUUAUCCGCAAUGAAACAGCGCUUGUUGAUUUCAAGAAGAAGUUCGAUGAUGAGUAUUCAGAAAUCAUGCCUGACAUCACGGCUGACACGUCUGACGAUCAGGGUGGAAUGUCCACAAUGAGAAGAGACCCUGUGCCUUGUGUGAGUCUGGAGAUGCACAAGCAGACAAUGACCGGUGUGAGGGAAACAGAAGACAUCAACUCUCACCACCUGCUGCAGCAGCACCUGUACAAGGGCAGGAAACAGCACCGGCACAGGUACAGCCGAACUCAUUUCGAUGUCAACAAAGAUGAAAGCGAGGUGCAGGAGAUCUUCCAGAGGACCAUGAGGAGCCGUCUGGAGUCUUUUAAGUCUACAAAGAUGGGCGUUGCUCCACCGAAGACGAUUAGCAAGCACACAAAGAAAGACCAGCAGCAAAAGAUGUCAAAUGGGAAAUCAACGGACAAAAGUAAAAGCUACUACUCUGGUGAUGAAGAUUUUGAGUUCUCAGAGGCCUCUGAGAGCGCCUCAGGAUACGACUCAUCAUUCUCUAUGAGGGUCACGUACAGAGCAGGAGCUGGGAUUGAGAAUCCAGCCUUCAUGCCAGACCUGGACCCUAUGUCGGCGGUGCAGAUCCCCCCAUGGCUGGCGGAGGCUGAGCUGGAUAGCGACAUGGUGGCUCCAUCCGAGCGAGCUCAGGGGAGGCUGCCGUUGACACCCAGCAAUCUGCGCCGCCUCGCUCCUCUUCGCCUCAGCACCCGCUCCACCGACUCCUUCGUGAUAGCAGACACCUCAGCCACACAUCCACCCCCACCCAAACCUCCCGGAGACUGAGGUCGCUGGCAACGGCACCCUGCCCCUCCCUCUGCUCCCUUUUACUUUUCCCAAUAUUAUGUGUCAGCAGAGCCAGAAGCUGCAGAUUCAGGAGUUCUAGGACCCUUGUGUUUUUGCAAAAGUGCCACCUAAUUGACGACUGUAAAACAGCAUUCAAAUCAAUCCAUCUAAAUUCCAUUUUUUGUAUAUUCAAAAUAGUUCAAAGUUUUAUUCACCAAAAUAACAAAUUUAUAAAUAGUUUAAAGGUUUAUUACACCCAAAUAAUUAAUUGAAGUCUCCUGCUUCCUCAUCCUGCUCGGUGUCCUCUUCACUUGUGUCUAAGACCCCAAGAAUCUGCACAUAUAAAUGACAUUAGCAUGACAGGUGGUCAGUGCAGGUAUCAGCUGAUCUUCUUUGUCAGCCCAACAAAUAGGCAAAGAGAAAAAGACGCAGAGACCAAAUAAAGCGAGCAGAAAUUAACAUGUUGACAUCUUGUCAAUAAAAUGCAAUCAUUGGCUUUCCAAUGCUCAAGGUGGUGCUGUUGGAAAAAACAAGGCUCCAGCUCUGGCUCUGCAGACAUGUGCCACUCCUUUACCUGGCUGCCAAAGACACAGAACCUCACCUCAGACUUUGCUCUGUCUCCUCUUGAUAUACUCACCAGGGAAUAAGGGUGAGAGAAAUUGGAUGCCGAGGGUGCUGCAGCAUCCCCUGUCGAAGACGGGACAAGCACACCAAAUGUGUAAAAAAAUCACUAUUUUAAUAUAACUACUGCUGGACAUGUAUUUUUAAAAUGAGAAAAACAUAUAAUACUGUUACUUAAAGAAAUAUACUUUGAAAAAUAUGUGUAAAACGAAUAUAAUUCAUUCAUUUAAGGUCAAGGGCAAAGGGUCAACUGCGGGUCAGCAUAUCUUGUUGAGACAUUUUUCUUUUUUUUUUCCCCCAAAACACAAAAUUUGGAAACCAACCAAGAGGACGCGUGAUCAAGUUGCUGUAAAAGUGUAUCUCCCAACAUUACACCAGCUUCCUCACCUCCCUAACACACAUGGCUGUGCUACUGUUCAUCAGGAUAUUUUAGAGUGGUUAGGCAUCAUGCCUUUAGCUCAAAUCUUUGUGCAGCACACAGCGCGACGCAAAGCCACUUUAGGCAUCUUCAUUUAAAGUAAGUUAUUCCAUUAUUUUUAUAUUUUUGCUCUUGAUAUGAUAAUCAUUUAUCGGCUGGAAGUGAUUGUUGCAUAAUUUAAUUGUUGGUCAUUGCAAAAUGUAACAACCUUAUUAAUACAUAAAACAGUGAAUUGUGAUUGGACUAUAAAAACAGCAUAUUUUGCAGUGAUAAAGACAGCAUGCUAUUUUAAAUAAGA